AUGCUUCCUCGUCUUCUCCUCGUUGUAGAUUCUCAAAAGAGGGGGAAAGAGAGAGGGAGUGUCGGGUGGAGGGAGAAGUAGCGGGGGAGAGAGGUUGGUAGAAGGGGAUUGGGGGAGGAUGAAGGAGGUGGUGCUGCACGUGUACGACGUGACGAACAGCGGAUCGGAGAAGACGAACAACACCAUCCUCCAGAUCAACCGCAUCUUCAAGGAUCGCAUCGGCCUCGGCGGCAUCUUCCACAGCGCCAUUCAGGUUUUUGGAGAUGAAGAAUGGUCUUUUGGGUUUUGCGAACAAGGUUCUGGAGUUUUCAGUUGUCCACCAGGAAGAAAUCCUAUGUAUACCUACCGUGAGCGUAUUGUCCUGGGGGAAACAAAUUGUUCCAUUUUCAAAGUAAAUCAGGUUCUAAGAGAGCUUGGCCAAGCAUGGCCAGGACAUUCAUAUGAUCUUUUCUCUAAGAACUGCAAUCACUUUUGUGAUUCCUUCUGCGAAAGGCUAGGUGUUCCAAAGAUUCCAGGUUGGGUCAAUCGCUUUGCUAAUGCUGGUGAUACUGCAAUGGUAGUUGCAGGGAAUGCAGCAUUCCGGGUAGGAAACUAUUCCAAACUCACUGUUCACUGCUGCAAUUUUUUCCUCGUGUUUAUAGCUGAGGCAAGCAAAAACAGAAAUUGUCACUGCCAGCAAAGUGGCAUACCGAUUUAUGGCUGGUCUAGCCUCAAAUUCCCAGGCCACUCCAGAGUCCCUGAGCAAUUCGAACAGAGGCAGCCCUCGAUUUCAGGGUGUAUGGUUCAAAAACUUGAUGUCUGUCGGCGCCAAGCCAUCAUCUAGUAGUAAUUCAGAGAUUCCAGAUGAAACUGAUGAUGCUCCAUUGCACCGCCAAAAUUCUUCAGAACUGUUGCAGCAAAUCUCAAGACAAAAUAGUUGAUAACGUUGUACAAGAAAUGAAUUUGUACCAGUGUACCAUCAGCCAAAUGAUUAUUUACACAACUAGACGUGUUAUUAAUGUAUCACAAUGUAAAUCUUUGGUUCCUAGAGUUCUUCAGAUUGUCUUUGCAGCAAAAAAAGAUAUUUCUAGCAUUGUUUUGUACCAAAUACUUGGGAGUUUACCCUCAUUUUAUCAUUUUGAAUAUUUAUGCCCGAGUUUUGGAUCUCA